AUGUCGUGGUCACUACCAGCCACAGCUUAUGUGGCACGAGUGAAGCCGCAGGUCGACGCGCCUGUGCGAACGCACAUCGCUGCUCGAUCAAAUUUGUGUGUUACAGAUGUGACUUCCAACAACAUCAACCAGGUUCGGAGAUUAAACGCGGCGCUUUUCCCCGAAACAUCCUCCGAGGAAAUAUACAAACAAGCGCUUGAUAAGGACACGAACUCGUUGUAUCAGCUUGCGCUCUUUAACGAUAUUCCUGUGGGCGACAUAUGCUGUCGAGUCGAGGAUGGAUCCGAUCCAACUAAGUGCAAAAUAUAUGUUAUGGUGAUCGGCGUGCUGGCGCCGUACCGACGUCUGGGUCUCGCAACGGUACUGAUCAAGCACAUCCUCAACACGGCUCCCCCAGGGUCGGUGUUCGCUGGACGCCGAGUAGAAUCCAUCUAUCUUCAUGUACAAACAAGUAAUGAGAUCGCCCGUGCGUUCUACGAACGCUUGGGCUUUGCUCUUACCCAAACGAUUCCCUCCUACUACUCACACUCAGAGCCGACAAGUGCAUGGGUUUUUGAAAAACGGGCAUAA